AUGACGAGAUGGUUCCGUCGCCAGAAGGGCAAGGACAGCCAGCUACUGAACGCCGCCGAGAAUGUAGCCAAGCCGUCCAAGCCAUCCCUCCAUAAGGUCCAGCAGCCUGUGCUCAAGCCGAAGGGCAAGGACGAGGAGAAAGCCGAGACCCGCUUCAUGGAGGCCUUCGCAAGGGGGGGAAUAACUUCGAGCAUCAGGAGGAUGACGACGACCUUCCCUCCCUCAGCUCCGACGGCAAACCGCUGCGCAUGGAGGAGCAAGAGCAGCAAGUUUUCCGCUGGCGAAUUCGAAACCUGCAGCGCCUGCUGCUCAAAGACCCCCAGCGGGCUCGCGCGCCGCAGGCGCAUCCGCGCGAGGUCUUGCGUGCAUUCCACUUCCAAAAGGUGA